AUAAAGGCAACAACAUAUGUCGCUAUCAUGAGAAAACCAAUAGAAAAAAAAUUAAAUGCUGAAAACGGCCGCUCUUGGCUUCCGUACAAAUUUAAACAUUUUCCAGCCAGAAUAUUAUUCAUGAUCUGUUCCAGAUGUUUUCAAGCUGAAAUCUUUAAAUCUGUGUUUUUCAAAUUUAAAGCUCUAACUCUUUUAAAAGCACAACCUUUCUGACAUUAAAGUUUAUUUUGAAGAACUCUGUUUCAGCACUGAUUUAGUUCCACAUCACUUUUACCAUUUCAUUAAAAUAUACUGAGCAGAAAGUCUGUUUUGGUGAUAAUCAGUUGUUUGUGUCUCUAAUUGCUGGAACCAGUAAACAAGCUGUGAAUCCUCAGUAGCCUCAGUCUGAGUGGGUAUUAAUAGAUGAUGCAAGCAGCAGAAAGUCCGAGCUGACGAUGUGGUGUGACACUGCGUCGUAACGCUCCACAGGAUCUGAGCUCUGUGAUCAUGGAUAACGUUUCUGUCGUGAGAGUUUUCACCCUGACGGGGAUAAACGAGACGAUGGACUCCAGGCUCGCCAUCUUCUCCCUCGUUCUCCUGUGUUACUGUGUGAUUUUACUGCUGAACAUCUCCCUGGUUGUYGUCAUAGUGUUGGAUGAAAACCUGCAUGAGCCCAUGUACAUUUUGCUCUGCAGUGUUUGCAUUAAUGCRGUUUACGGCACGACGGGUUUCUACCCUAAGUUCCUUUUCGAUCUKUUGUCGUUUUCUCAAGAAAUCUCCUAUGAGUGUUGUCUGCUGCAGGCUUUUGUCAUGUACUCCUACGCUUGCUGUGAGCUGUCCAUCUUGGCAGUCAUGGCCUACGACAGGUAUCUGGCCAUAUGUCGACCUCUGCACUACRCCUCCUUCAUGACGAGGAGGAGGCUCGCUCACCUGGUCAGUUUCUCCUGGCUGACCCCGUUCUGUGCUUUCUCCAUCAGCGUCCUCUUGACGUCCAGGCUGCAGCUCUGCGGCUCCAGAAUCAAGAGGAUCUUUUGCGUGAACUGGAUAAUCGUUCAGCUCGCCUGCCCGAACAGCAACACCCUCGUAAACAGCGUCAUCUCGUACGCCACGAUCGUCAUCUACGUGUCUCACGGCUUCUUUAUCGUUUGGACCUAUUUGCAUCUUGUUCUGACGUGUGCGAGGUCCAAAGAACACCGAGUGAAGUUCAUGCAGACGUGUGUGCCGCACCUAAUCUCUCUAGUCACGUUCUUGGCCGUGAUUCUUUUUGAUUUGAUGUACAUGAGGUUCGGCUCCUCGGAUUUACCUGAGAACCUUCAGAACUUCAUCGCUAUCGAGUUUCUCCUCUUUCCUCCGUUGAUGAAUCCUUUGAUAUACGGSUUUAAACUCACCAAAAUACGCAACAAGAUUCUAAGUUUAGUUUACAUUUGAGGAACAAUUUAAUCUGUAUUAAUCUUUGUAUAUAUCCUACCAAGGUCAGGUUUUGUCCGUUUUAUCAGUUACUUAUUUCUGUUUAGAACAGGUAAAAAGAAAUACUGUUUCCUGAUGCAAACAUGUACAAAAGCACUCAGACUGUGAACUAAAAUCAUGCGCAUCUAUUUUUGUCCUGYGUUGUGCGUUUUUGUCACUUUUCUCUCUGAUCCACAAAUUGAGAAAACUCAUGAUGAUUUUGAAUGUCAGCACUGAAAAUAUUAAAUUGUUUGGGGUUUAAUAUGUAAUAU